AUGUCAAAAAAUUCGCUAGAUGGUUCAUGGACCAGAUGGACAGGCCCAUUAGAAUGAAUUUAAUGAAUAGGUCUUAAUCUCAAAAUUCCGUUUUAAUUUUGACCCUUUGUCCCGAGUACGUGUACUUCUCGUAACUCCACCACUCCACGUGCUCCUUUAUUAUGCUCUUCUUCUUCUCCAGCCUUGCCUCCUUCGCUUCUCAAUGCCUUGUCUAUUAAUGGAUUUCAGUCCAAAGUGUCCUUUAUUUCCUUUUACAUUUUCGUUUUUUGCAACCCAUGUAUUUCGUUUCAAGUUGUAAAUUCCUUGGGAAUCUCUAUGGUUCAAUUGGGAAAGCCUUGAAAGGAUUUCAUGUGUGUGAAAGUUAUCACCUUUAUUGCGUUUGCCUUUCUGGGUUUCGAUGUUAACAAGUGGGUAUUGCCAUAAUUUCACUUGUGUACUAGUUAACAGUAACUAGAGAUAUACUUGAAAAUAGCUCCCUUUUGGAUUGUGAUAUUUUGGAUCCUGUAGUUGAGAUUUGGAUUUCUUUUGUUUUUCUUUCCAUUUAUAGCAAAAGGUUUGAAACUUAGAAGAGAGGAUAUUUCAUAAAAGUUAUGAUUUCAUCAAAGGUCUUAUCUUCUGAUUACCUCUUUUUUGGAUGUAAAUGCAAUUGUAGAUAGGUGUGGCCUGUGCAGUUGCCAAAUGUUUCACUUUCUGGGUCUCUUUCUUUGAGCUUCAUGUCUUUCCUUUAAUAGCAAAUUCUCUUCAUAUUAUACUACCUGAGGGUUGAGUUUGAUUCGGAUCGGUUACAGUUCUCUAGGUCGAAGUUAGAGCUCAGGGAUUGUGCUGUGAACUACCCAGAAUCACAGGACAUGUUCUGAGAUUUUGUCCCUUGGGAGUUCACUUGGGUCGUUUUUAGAUUGCUUAGGGGAAUUAGAAUAUUAGAGAAAGCAAGCUUUGUUCUUCAAAAUGGGGCAUUCUGCAGCUCUCUGUGAUCACAGGGCAGCCAUUGAGAUUACAAAGGACUGGAAUAGUAUUGAACAGGUCGUACUUCGAAAUCCACAAGGAGCUUCUGCCCGGGUAAGCCUGCAUGGAGGACAAGUAGUUUCAUGGAGGAAUGAACAAGGGAAAGAACUACUAUUUACUAGUAGCAAGGCUAAGCCAUCAAAAGCAAUGAGGGGAGGGAUCAAUAUUUGUUUCCCUCAGUUUGGGAACUGCGGAUCACUUGAGCAGCAUGGUUUUGCUAGGAACAAGAUUUGGACAGUUGACAGCAAUCCUCCGCCUUUGCAGUCCAACGAGUCCCAGGGAAAAUCCUUCAUUGACCUACUGCUUAAACCGAAUGAAGAAGACCUGAAGUGCUGGCCCCAUAGUUUUGAGUUUCGUCUAAGGGUCUUACUAGCAACAACUGGAGAUUUGGCAUUAAUAUCAAGAGUUCGGAAUGUUAAUGGCAAACCAUUUAGUUUCUCCUUUGCAUAUCACACGUAUUUAUCAGUCUCUGAUAUAAGUGAAGUGAGAAUAGAAGGAUUGGAAACGCUCGACUACCUAGACAACCUUUGCAACAGGGAAAGAUUUACAGAACAAGGAGAUGCCAUAACCUUUGAAUCUGAGGUGGAUCGAGUUUAUCUUAGUUGUCCUAAUAUAGUUGCAGUACUUGAUCAUGAAAGGAAACGGACGUUCGUCAUACGAAAGGAAGGACUACCAGAUGUUGUGGUAUGGAAUCCAUGGGAGAAGAAAUCUAGAGCAACAGUGGAUUUUGGCGAUGAGUAUAAACAUAUGGUAUGCGUUGAUGGAGCAGCAAUUGAAAAGCCCAUCACCUUGAAGCCAGGAGAGGAAUGGACAGGGCGUUUGGAGCUCUCAGUUGUGCCUUCCAGUUUCUGUAGCGAAGGCUUGGAUUUUCAGAGAGGUUUCUGAAUGCAACUAUUAUGUUGGAAUACCCUUUCUUUUUAUGUUUCCUCCAGCACAUGGAAUCGUUAUAUCGAACCAAAAUAUAACUUUCUUUUCC